UAAUAUUUACAUAUUUUCCAUCUUUAUUGUUAUUCAAGAUUUUCCAUUCUCCAUUUGCUCAUGCAUCAAUAGGAUUUGCAUAUAAAUAUGGCACCAACAUCAACCCAAUUUUCCACUUCGUCAAGAAUGGGAACAUAUGAUCCACUUCACCAUGUUAGCAUGUCGAACGGCAUCUUCGAUGAUCACAUGAACACGAAGAAGAGCCAUACCAUCACCAGUCAACCCGAAUCAACAAAACUAACCAACAAUAUGGAGUACACUUCUCAAGAAUCAUUAGAAUCUUAUCGGGAGUCGGAUAAGAACAUUUCAGAUAAGUUUCAACGACGAUUAGCACAAAACCGUGAAGCUGCACGAAAAAGUCGUUUAAAGAAAAAGGCCUACGUUCGAGAAUUGGAAUCAGGGCGUCUAAAGUUGGAAAAACUGGAGCAUGAAAUCAAGAGGACUCGACAACAGGUUACGUAUGUGGAUCCACCAAAUGUAGGCCAUGGUGAAUUACAUGGGAUUGCUACAUUUGUGGGUAAGUAUGAUUUAUGGGUUGUUGAGCAACAUAAAAAGGAGAGUGAACUUAUGACUAUCCUACAAACCGAUGUAAGUGAUGAUGAGCUUCGGAUAGUCUUAGAUGGUGUUAUAGACCGCUACCAAGAUCUUUUCUGGAUGAAAGCUGAUGCUGCAAAGGUCGAUGCCUUUAAUUUGUUAUAUGGGUCGUGGAGGUCUCCUAUUGAGAGGUUGUUUGAAUGGCUUGGUGGAUUCCGACCCUCCGAGGUUCUAUAUAUACUAAUGCCAUGGUUUGAGCCGUUAACAGAUACACAAAUCGUGAAUUUAUCCAAGCUUAGACACACAUGUCGACAAGCCGAAGAUGCAUUAACUCAAGGAAUUGAUAAACUUGAACAAACGUUGGCUCAAAGCGUCGCUAUUAACAUAACGGAAAGUGCAAAUUGCAACACUUGGAUGAUUUCGGCAAUGGAGGAGCUCCAAGCACUCGAAAACUUCUUAAACCAGGCGGAUCAUCUUCGAUAUCGAACGCUACAACAAAUGUCACGAGUCUUGACAAAUCGUCAGGCAGCAAAAGGGUUGCUUGCAUUGGGCGAGUAUUUCCAACGUCUUCGUGUACUAAAUUCACUUUGGUCUGCUAGACCUCAUGGAUUAGAUUUCGUUGUUGGUCAAAAAAUGAGGGGGUGA